AUGGGCCUUGGCCUGUGCUUGUGUGAGUGUGGAGUAGAAGAGUCCGGCGCCCGCUCGCCUUCGCCCUGCGCCUCCGCCGAGGGCGAGGGGGUGACCCUGCAGCGCUCCAUCACGCUGCUCAACGGCGUGGCCAUCAUCGUGGGCACCAUCAUCGGUUCCGGCAUCUUCGUCACCCCCACCGGCGUGCUGCGGGAGGCCGGCUCGCCGGGGCUGUCGCUGGUGGUGUGGGCCGUCUGCGGGGCCUUCUCCAUUGUGGGGGCCCUCUGCUACGCUGAGUUGGGCACCACCAUCACCAAGUCCGGUGGGGACUACGCCUACAUGCUGGAGGUGUACGGCUCCCUGCCCGCCUUCCUCAAGCUCUGGAUAGAGCUCCUCAUCAUCCGGCCCUCCUCGCAGUACAUCGUGGCUCUGGUCUUUGCCACCUACCUGCUCAAGCCCAUCUUCCCCACCUGCCUGGUGCCCAACGAGGCUGCCAAGCUGGUGGCCUGUCUCUGCGUCCUGCUCCUCACAGCAGUCAACUGUUACAGCGUGAAAGCUGCUACCCGCGUCCAGGAUGCCUUUGCUGCGGCAAAACUGCUGGCGCUGGCCCUGAUCAUCAUCCUCGGCUUCGUGCAGCUUGCAAAGGGUGAUGUGUCCAACCUGACCCCUGAGCACUCCUUCAAAGGCACAAAACAAGACGUGGGGAACAUUGUGUUGGCUUUGUACAGCGGUCUCUUUGCCUACGGAGGAUGGAAUUACUUGAAUUUUGUUACAGAAGAGAUGAUAAAUCCCUACAGAAACCUGCCUCUGGCUAUCAUCAUCUCGCUGCCUGUAGUCACUUUGGUUUACGUGCUGACAAACUUGGCUUACUUCACCACCCUGUCGACGGACCAGAUGCUGACGUCCGAAGCCGUGGCCGUGGAUUUUGGGAACUAUCACCUUGGUGUCAUGUCCUGGAUCAUACCCGUCUUCGUUGGCUUAUCGUGCUUUGGGUCCGUUAAUGGGUCUCUUUUCACUUCUUCCCGGCUGUUCUUCGUGGGAUCUCGAGAAGGACACUUGCCUUCGAUCCUGUCUAUGAUUCACCCCAGGCUUCUCACUCCCGUGCCAUCCCUCGUCUUUACUUGCAUCAUGACCCUGCUCUAUGCCUUCUCCAACAACAUUUUCUCAGUCAUCAACUUCUUCAGCUUCUUCAACUGGCUGUGCGUGGCUCUGGCCAUCAUCGGCAUGAUGUGGCUGCGUUACAAGAAGCCCGAGCUGGAAAGGCCCAUCAAGGUCAACAUCUGCCUGCCCAUUUUCUUCAUCCUGGCGUGCUUGUUUCUCAUUGCUGUCUCCUUCUGGAUGACGCCGAAGGAAUGUGCGAUUGGCUUUGCAAUCAUCUUCAGCGGGAUCCCUGUUUACUUCUUCGGGGUCUGGUGGCAGAACAAGCCCAAGUGGAUUCUCCAAGGCAUCUUCUCCGCAACAGUCCUGUGCCAGAAACUGAUGGAAGUGGUUCCGCAAGAAUCGUAAGCAGGAAAAGCAGAGACGUUCAGCUCGAGGAAACGCACAAUAUUAUUUUAAGACGACACAAGGAGAAAACACUUCUGAUCCCUCGUAAACGAAACCUCGGCACUGAAGCACCCCGUCGGAGCUGCUUCAUGUCUGACACCAUGCCCCCGGCUCUGCCUUGCCUCCUCCAGCCCCGCCGUUGCCACC